CCGGAGACGUGUCCCGGGUUAAGUGCCGAAUUCUGGUCCCGGUCCCGGACAAGCCGAGAUGGAGGGCUCUCGGGAAAACCCAGGGGAGUCCAGCUUCUCCGUCCCGGGGCCCGAAGAGUCGGCUAGGGUGCCCGUGGCGUUCCCGCCCGAGGUGACCGAGGGCUGCGCCGUCCGGCCCCCGGAGGCGACCUCCAAGAAACUUUGUGGUUAUUUGAGCAAGUUUGGCGGCAAAGGACCUAUUCGGGGCUGGAAAUCCCGCUGGUUCUUCUACGACGAGAAGAAAUGUCACCUGUAUUAUUCGCGGACCGCGCAGGACGCCAACCCCUUGGACAGCAUCGACCUCGCCAACGCGAUCUUUGACUGCAAGGUGGAGGCCGAGGAGGGGACUUUUGAAAUUAAGACUCCCAGCCGGGUUAUUACCCUUAAGGCUGCCAACAAGCAAGUGAUGCUGUACUGGCUGCAGCAGCUGCAGGCGAAGCGCUGGGACUUCCACAGCAGACCGCCAGCACCGACGCCACCCACCGCCCCUGACCCCGACGACGCCGACGCCCUGGCUGGGAAUGAGCCUGCCUUGCAACUGGAGCACCUGGAGCUAGAGCUGGAGGAGUUCCUGUGCCCCGUGGAAACGCCCACCGGGUUGGUGGGCGCGGCCGCCGCCUGGCAGCCACUCUCCACCCUGCCUUCAGCCCUGCAGAAUAUCUCCCUCAAGCACCUGGGCACAGAAAUACAAAACACCAUGUGUAACAUCCGUGGCAGCAAGCAGCCCCAGGGGUCAGGCCUCGGCCCUCCAGGGGAAGAUUCUCCCCAGAGUGGGGUGCCUCAAAGGGAAGAGCAGCCCCCACCCCCCAACGCCAGCACCCCAGAGAAAGAGGCCCAAGAGUCUCCAAGGUCCACGCCCAAGGCUUCUCUGACAGCCAAUCUCAUCCAGAAAGCCAAGCGCCAGAACCACACUUUCCCGCGCUUUUCUGAAGGCUUGACCCGUGGCCACACCCCCCACGAGAAAGUGGAGGCCAUGAAGCAGCAUGUUCUGAAGCUCACCAAGGACUUGGAGUCUCAGAAGGAGCUGGUGAAGAUCCUGCACAAGGCACUGGAGGCAGCCCAGCUGGAGAAGAGGGCAUCCAGCGCAUACCUGGCGGCAGCCGAGGACCAGGACCGGCUGGAGCUCGUUCGGCACAAGGUGCGGCAGAUCGCAGCGCUGAGCAGGCGGGUGGAGGCCCUGGAGCUGGAGCGGGAGAGCCUGGCGCAGACGGCCGGCCUGCGCGAGCGGCAGGUGCAGGAGCUGCAGCAGCAAGUGCAGCUGCUCAUGGACAAGAACCAAGCCAAGCAGCAGGUCAUCUGUAAGCUCUCCGAGGAGGCCAUGCACCUCCCCACACCCUCCGAGGCUGCCGACAGCACCUUCCUGAGCCAGCAGGAGAAGAUGGAGCACUUGAAGGAUGACAUGGAAGCAUACCGGACUCAGAACCGCUUCCUCAACUCCGAGAUCCAUCAGGUCACAAAGAUCUGGAGGAAGGUGGCCGAGAGGGAGAAGGCCUUGCUGACAAAGUGUGCCUACCUCCAAGCCAAGAACUGCCAGGUGGAAAGCAAGUACCUGGCUGGGCUGCGGCGGCUGCAGGAGGCCAUGGGGGGCGAGACCAGCAUGUGUGCAGAGCUGCUGCAGCAGCUCACCCAGGAGGCACUGCAGCAGGAGGCCAGCGAAGCUGCAGUGGACAGCGUCGGGCUGAGCCCCAUCAGUGAGUACGACAACUAUGGCUUCCUGACGGUGCCUGACUAUGAGGUGGAAGACCUGAAGCUGCUGGCCAAGAUCCAGGCACUGGAGGUCCGAUCCCACCACCUGCUGGCCCACGAGGAGCAGCCACUGCGGGAGCGCUGGGCAGCCCUAGGGGAGCUGGCGCCCUCGGCAGAGCUCAAGCAGCUGCUGCGGGCGGGCGUGCCCCGAGAGCUCCGGCCACGUGUCUGGAGGUGGCUCAUCCACCUGCGCGUGCAGCACCUGCAGGUGCCCGGUCACUAUCAGAAGCUGCUGAGCCAGGGUCGGGCCUGUGAGCACCCUGCUGCCCGCCAGAUAGAGCUGGACCUGAACCGGACCUUUCCCAACAACAAGCACUUCACCUGCCCCACUUCCCGCUUCCCCGACAAGCUCCGCCGGGUGCUGCUGGCCUUCUCCUGGCAGAACCCCACCGUUGGCUACUGCCAGGGCCUCAACAGGCUGGCGGCCAUCGCCCUGCUGAUCCUGAAUGAUGAGGAGAGUGCCUUCUGGUGCCUGGUGGCCAUUGUGGAGACCAUCAUGCCAGCUGACUACUACAGCAAGACGCUGGCGGCCUCCCAGGUGGACCAGCGAGUGCUCCAGGACCUCCUCGCAGAGAAGAUGCCCAGACUGAUGGCGCACCUGAGGCAGCACCACGUGGACCUCUCCCUUAUCACCUUCAACUGGUUUCUCGUGGUCUUUGUGGACAGCCUCAUCAGCGACACCUUCCUGCGGGUCUGGGACGCCUUCCUCUACGAGGGGACCAAGGUGGUGUUCCGCUACGCCCUGGCCAUUUUCAAGUACACAGAGGAGCAGAUCCUGAGGCUGGAGGACGGCCUGGAGAUCUACCAGUACCUGCGCUUCUUUACCCGGACCAUCAGUGAUGGCCGGAAGCUGACCAGCAUUGCCUUCAAUGACAUGAACCCCUUCCGCAUGAAGCAGCUGCGGCAGCUGCGGGCUGCCCACCGGGAGCGGCUGGAGGCUGAGCUGCGGGAGCUGGAGCAGCUCAAGGCUGAGUACUUGGAGAGCCGAGCCUCCCGAGGCCAAGCAGCAGCAGCGCCCGGGGGCUGCGCCAGUGAGGAGGAGGGUGAGGGUGAGGCCUGACGUGCCGCCUCCCUCUCCAGAGCCCUGUCCACUGAAAACAGGCACAGAUGAGGAGCCUAGCCCCAGGAGCCUCCUCCCAGUCACUGGAAGGUCACCUCCCCUCUGGGGGCCCUGCACUUCUAUCAGGACGUUGUCUGCUGUGACACCAUGGGGUGGGUCACAUCCUCACAGCCACCUGCUCAGGGAUGCCACCCUGCUUCCCCCAACAGAGCACUUAGCCAUGUUGGCCAGCUAGUGCUGUUGUCACAGUGUCACCUGGACGAUCACCAGGUGACCACUGUACUGCUUGGGAACGUGGGAAAGAUACUGGCCUCUCAGUGCUGAAAUGGUUCUCAGUGACCACUGUGCCCAGAUGGUCUCAGGGCAGAAGUACGCCCUGUGGGCCCAAGGCAUCUGUGGCUGCUGCUUGUGUGGGUGUGUCUGCAGGACCAGCCAUGGCCCCCACCCGACCCCACCCCCCGCUGGUCUCUUCCCAGGGAGCUGGACCCUGUGGUUCAGGGCUGCUGGGACCACGUACGAGGCCUGACUUCCCAGCGCCCCCUUCUGUUCCAGCCUGACUGAGGGGACUCCCCAGGGGAAACCCUAAAACUCCCGCCUGCCACCAAGGGCAACUUCAUGUGAGGACUGGGCCAAGUCCCUGGGCAGCUGGUCAGCUCUGGCCCCUUACUGCCCCUCACAGGCGGAGGCCAGGACUGCCACCUCCUCUCUGACAGCAGGGCAGGGAGGGCGGGGAAGAGGCAGCAGGGGCAGCUCUGCAGUCUGCAGCCAGUUCCUGAUGCGUACCCCACCACCACCACACACACACCCCAGCAGUGGCCAGCACCACUGCCUGCAGGGAACCUGUUCCCCGGAGCCCAGUGUUAACACUCCUAGGUCCUCCCUUAACCCACAGAGGCCCUUCCCACCCCUGCAGGGAUCAAGGUUGGCUUAGCACCCUCUGAUAGGAAGGAGGUGGGAAACCACCAUGGAUUAGCAGAAAUGCCCUCAGACCUUCUUCCUGUGCCCCGGUGGGUCCCCCGUCUCUGCAAACUGGAGGGGUCUGCACACCAGCUACCCUGUGCCCAGACACAUGGAGCCGCCUCACUAAACUAGAGGCCCCUGGAUGCACACCAGCAGGGCUCCCAGGAGGCACAGCGGCUGGAGAAGCCAGGACGAGAAUGGCCAUCACUCGACCCUGCCCCAGCCCAUCCCUGCAACAGUAAACAGGGAUGGGGGGCGGUUGCCUGCUUAUACCCACCAAUGAGCCCCGCUCCUACUCUUUCCUCGCCCCACCCCGACCCUGGGCUCCUUGGCCCCUGCUCCAUCCUCUCCUCUUGCCCCUGGCCCCUUCUCCAGGAGGGGCAGGGGCUCACUGGUUAGGUGCUAGGUUGAAAGGUCAGCAGUUGAAAUUCAUUGAGAGUCCGCAGGAGAAAUGCCUGGGGAUCCACUCCUGUCAAGAUUCCAGACAGCGCUGGUUCCCACCUGAGCGGGCCCUGUGGCUUUCUGAGAGAGUGACUACAGAAGAGAGGUGGCAGCCCUGUGGGGCAGUUGCUCUGACUUACCCCGCUUCCUCCCCCUUUCUCACUUUCCUUGCCCUCCCCCUUUCUUCCUGCCACUCCCCUACCCCUACCCCCAGACAGGAGGAGCUGUGCUGGAGAAGGGUGAGGAGACUCCUCCACUCCUCUGCCUGACACUGCAGGAGCCCCUCAGGAGCUUCCAGCGUCCUGGCUGGAGCCCUGUGCUCAGCCCAUUCUGGGGUCCGAUGACCUGAUACCCCACUAGAGCUGGGACUCCCAGGACAGUGGGGAUGAGCUGGGGGAGCUGCCCAGCCCUAAGUGCUCGGUGAAGCCAGGCUGGGCCGGUUCAGAAAGCAGACAGCCAGGGCUCAGCAGGUUCACUAACCUGCCCAAGGACGCACAGCGGCCAAGUUGCUGAGUGCAGUCAGAUCCCAGGUAAGCACCUCUGGGAACCCUUGCUGGAGCGUAGAACAGCCUGCAGGGGGCAGGCACGGACUGGCCUUCACUUGGUGAGCAGCCCACAGGGGAGCUCCAGGCAAAGAAAACGGGAGGAGGGCCUGUGUUUGCCAGCAGUGGAAUUGUGGCAUCUCCCAGGAACACUGGCAGCUUUGCAGAUAGCAAGGAGGACACAGCAGACUGGUGGGAAGGGCCACACCCACCCAGGGAGUCGGAGGCUGCACCUUAGAACCUGACCACCCGCCAAGCCCCUGCUUUUCCAGGAAGGUGUGGGGCCCACCCCCGGUGUCAGGUUCCUGCCCGCACCACAGCUGUCACCCCCAUCCCCAGGGGCCUUUCCCCUCCUCCUCCUGGGGAUCUGAUCCCUCUCAGCCCCCUCUUACCCAGGGGAUGGAAGGAACCACAUGCUCAAAAUGUCAAAAUGCCCCUCCCUUUCCAGAUGGAGCCCACGGGAAUCUCUGCUUAGGGUGACAGCCCCAGGAAUAAAGGGAUGUGUCACAGGGAGUGGGGGUAGCACUUGGGGAUGCUACCCCUCAGUGAGAUGUGCACACCCCAUGGAUCUGUGACCCCAGUCAUGGGUCAGUCGUCUCCAGUUUCCCAAAGGCCCGAUACAGCCCCACCCCCUUGUCAUUCCUGAGAAUUGGUACCCAAAGGGGCGGGGCUUUGGAGCCCACGGGUGGUUGCAGGUGGGGUGAAGCCUUGCUGGGAGAAAAGGUAGUGAUGCUGUAGGCUUCAGGUAAGGAGGGAGGCCAUUGUGGGUGGGUGCCACAGAGCUGAUCUAAAGGACCCCCAGAAGGAAGGAGCAGUCGGCAGUAAGGACCAAUAAAAAGCUGCAGAUGCCCCUGCUGGGUGGCUUCCUAGUGCAGGAUCUCAGCAGGUUAUCCCUGUGCUGGUCUGGGCUUUUUUGCUUGUGUGGGAGGAGCGGGGAACUGCUCUGAAGCUGUGUCCAUGUAUGCUGGUUGGGGGCUAGUACAGUGCCCCUGCCUUCCCUGCACACACUCUAAGCAACCCCAUGAACGAUCCUGGAUGUGUGGAACACAAAGCCUUCCCUUCUAACCCCUCCGUCCAUAUGCACAUGCCCCCCAGAAAACAGCCUUUCCAUAGAGUCCUAGCCACCAAGCACAUGUCACACUCCAAAAACCCCAAAACCACUGCCAGCAAGUCAAUUCCAACUCAAGUGGCCCUUCCAGGAUUUCUGAGACAAUCUUUCCAAAGGCAAACUGCCUAUCUGUGAGGGGUUCUGCUACCACUCGGGCCUAGUAACUCGUGUCUGUAAUCCACAGUGCCACUGGGAGAGGUGCAAAUAACAGGGUACAUCCACAGGGCAUCUGGGGAGGGCGUCUGGGGCCGGCCCCACAAGGUUAACAAUGCUGGCAGAAGAGAAUUCUUGGCAGAGGGGACUGGUGAGGGCGUAGAGGUAGUUGUGUGAGUGGGGUGAGCAACACAUGGGGGUGCAUUAGAGAGGCUGCCCCAAACCCUAGAUGCCGUUAAGAUACUCAGGUGGUAUAGAACACACACAAACACCCCACCCCCCCAGGGGGACAGACAAUAGGAAUGUGGGUGAAGGGAGAUAGCGCAUAGUG